GAUGAAUCGAUAUUUGCAUGUGCUAGAAAGGCCGGUCCCACACGAUAUUUGGGGGAAACUAAACCAAUCGCUUUUGUGCUGACCUGGAACAGUAGGCCUAAUAAGGGCUAGCGCUUCGGCAGAAUGCUCAGCGGAAUGAAGCUCGGGACUUUGACUUUAUCUUCAACAGGACAAUUUGUACUUUCCCCAGUGCGACCACAGCAACCACCCGCCUCUCCCCCUUCUCCUGGCGAAUAUCUCUUUGGUCCUUUGCCAUUGACUCUUGUCAAUCCUGUCGGACUGCGAUAAGCGAACAGACAUCUGCGACUAAUUUUUCUGAGAGUAAACAAGACACGGCUCAACAUGUCUGCCGACAAGGAUUUCACAUAUGCUCAGGUCGCAGAGCACUCGACGAAGAAGGACUUAUACCUUGUGAUCCAUGACAAAGUCUACAACACUACAGCUUUCGUUGAUGAGCAUCCAGGUGGAGAGGAAGUUCUGCUCGAUGUUGGUGGACAAGACGCAACCGAGGCUUUCGAGGAUGUUGGACACAGUGACGAGGCACGCGAGAUUCUUGAAGGCCUGCUCAUCGGAAACUUGAAACGCAAGGAGGGAGACCCAAAACCAAAGCUCUCGACAACCACCUCUGCUACCACUUCUACAAACAAUGCCGCGGGAUUGGGCAUUGGUCUCUAUGCAAUCAUCCUCAUUGGUGCCGGUCUUGCAUUUGGUGCAUACAAGUACUUGCAGACUCAAGAAGGAAAGGCAUAAAGAGUUACAUGCUGAGAUUAGAUAAGUCAAGACUGGUAGUAAUUGUGGUCGAGGAAUGGGACAGUGAGGGACAGAGAGGCACAUUUGCUGCAUUUUCUCGUAUCGUCUACCAGACACUUUCAUGGACCGUUUUCCUCAGUAGCUUAUUGAGAGAGAGGCGUUGAUUGGGUGCAUUUUUCGACUCCUUUUAGAUAGAGAAGCUGCUGUUUCCCUGGG